GCUACCACACCCCUCCUCCAUUUUUGUAAUACCAGAAUAGCAUUUUUUCUGGGUUGUAAAAUUCUCUCUCCUCAUAAAAAACGAGUUUUCGAAAUGAUUAAAUUGCCAGCAAAUCACAUGGCCGUCUUCCUUUGAACCUUUGUCUGUCGGUUGCACCUCCGCUUGCCAGCUCACCACCUUCUUCUCUUUCCACCUCCUCACUCCACUUCCACCUUAAAUCCCCCCAUUCUCCCUCCUCCUCAGUCCUCACUUCACCACCCUAAAAAUUCAAGAAAAACACCCAAUUUCAAUGAAGAAACAAGGGUCUUUUACCGGCGGAGUCACCGGCAAACCCGUCGGAAAACUACUUUUAUGCUUUGAGACGAAACCUGUUCUUGCCACCCUUUUAACUCUCACUCUCGUUUUACUUGUUUGGAAUCUUCAGCCUUACUAUGACCACCUUCUUUCUCUCUCCUCUUAUUCUUGUCACUGUUCUAACCCCCCUCUUUCCACCGCAAAAACAACCACAACUAACCACCUUCUUAACACCACCGCCACCGGGAAAACCACCGCGUUACUUUCUCUCUCCGCCACCACCACCGAAAAACCAAAAACAACAACCACUAACGACCUUCUCAACACCACCACCGCAACCACGGCGAAAACCACCGCGUUACUUUCUCUCUCCGCCGUUAACGAACCCCGGAAGCUGCCACCGCGAGACCCGAACAAGAGGGAGUUCAAACCGUAUGGCAACGCCGCCGCACUUUUUGUUCAAAUGGGAGCUUACAGAGGAGGACCGGCGACAUUCUCCGUCGUCGGAUUAGCCUCGAAGCCUAUCCACGUGUACGGUCAGCCGUGGUACAAGUGUGAGUGGGUCCCAAACAACGCAACCCAACCACCAACCCGAGCAAAAGCCUUUAAAAUCCUCCCUGACUGGGGGUACGGCAGAGUGUACACCGUCGUCGUCGUAAACUGCACAUUUCCGACGAACCCAAACGCCGAUAACUCCGGCGGAAAGCUUAACCUCUACGCUUACUACUCCCCUUCCCCUAGAUUCUUCGAGAAGUUCACCGUUCUCGAAGAAUCAAUCGGAACGUAUAACAAUGCAUUAUACACCUCCGCCCCGGCGCUGGACUACCUCUACUGCGGCUCCUCCCUCUACGGCAACAUCAGCGCGGCGAGGAUCCGCGAGUGGGUGGCGUACCACGCUUGGCUGUUCGGCGAGAAGUCGCAUUUCGUGUUCCAUGACGCCGGUGGGGUUACCGACGACGUUAGGAAGGUUCUAGAACCGUGGGUGAAGAAGGGGAGAGUGACAAUUCAGGAUAUUAGGGAGCAAGAGAAUUUUGAUGGGUAUUAUUAUAAUCAGUUUUUGGUGGUGAAUGAUUGCUUGCAUAGGUAUAGAUUUUCGGCGAAAUGGACGUUUUAUUUUGAUGUGGAUGAGUAUAUGUAUGUGCCACAAGGGAGCUCGCUUAAGAGUGUUAUGAAGGAGUUUGAUGGUUUUACUCAGAUUACUAUUGAGCAGAAUCCUAUGUCCAGUGCUCUUUGCUUCAAGAAUGAUUCCUCCCAAGAUUAUUCCAGGGAAUGGGGGUUUGAGAAGUUGCUGUUCAGAGACUGGAGGACCAAAAUCAGGCGAGACAGAAAAUACGCGAUCCAAGCAAGAAAUGUGUUAGCCACCGGCGUUCACAUGUCAGAGAACAUAGUUGGGAAGUCACUCCACCACACCGAGACUAAAAUCCGGUACUACCAUUACCAUAACUCGAUCCAAGUCGUAGGUGAGCCAUGCCGUGUAUUCCUCCCAACUUCGGCCAAGAAAAAGAUACAAAUCCAUGAAAGGUUGCCUUAUGUUUAUGAUGAAAACAUGAAGAAACUUGCUGAUACUAUAAAACGGUUUGAACAUGAAACCCUUGGUUCUUCCCAGCUCCCUCUAUGACACACCCUGUCCCACAAUAACCGUUUGUGGCUAGGAUGGUUCGGACCACAUGAUCAAAUGGUUCGGACCCAUGGUUAUCGUGAUGAUAUGUGGCUAGGAUAGUAAGGACUUACAUGAUUGAAUGGUUCGGACCCAUGGUUAUCGUGAUGAAUGGUGAGUAAACGAUUUGGGUUUGGUACAGACGAUGAGUGUAACGGACGAUAUAUAUGGAAUCACAUGAUAGUGUAGGAUGGAUGGUGUGGUGUAAAAGGGGGUCCAUUUUUAGGCUUUGAUAAUUGGUAUGAUUAGGCUACUUAAUGUAAAGAUAAAUUUACUUUUUCUCUAUAUCAUUUGUUCAUUCUUAUAUGUCCCUAAUCUAGGGUUAAUGUUUUUUUUUACUGUUGUAUUUCAUAUAGGCAAAAGAAGGAUAAAUUUUGUAAAGAAAGUUUUUAGGAGGAUAUUAUUUAUUGGUGCCAUUUAUGCUA